CACACACACACGAAGACAACAUCAGCUCCGGAAGAGAAUGUAAACUUCACACACACACAACAGCUGUUUUUAUAAAGAGAACCAGAUAAAAUGCCAUGUCAAAAAAGAAAAAUGCAAUCCUCAGAACCUCAAGCGAAGACACCGGCCGAUCCGAGCUCGUCGGCGUCCGACAAACCCGGCCGAACAUCUCUGCGGCCCCAGAGGUCCCAAAGGUCAGGACCGCCACAGAAGAUGGUCUCCGUUACAUCUAAAAGGAGAUCUUCGACACAGCUAAGAGACGAUGUGGAAAACCCACCUCGUCGCUCCUCUAGACUGAAAACACCCUCAAAAAAUGUGACAGGAGUAAAAAGGAAAAAAAACUCAAUUAAACCUGCAGUGGUCAAGGAACUAGGAUUCAAUACGAACACUAAAGCACCAAACAGAGAUGGAGAUAAAUUGUGUCUGACUUCAGAUGUCCUUAAAAAAGGAUGGAGGAAAUACUCUUCAAGGUUGAAGAAGGAUAAAUGUGCAGAAGCAGCUUGUGCGGUGGCGACGGUGCUGUACCCGGUGUUAACAGAGCACAGCUACGGUCAGCCUCCUGAUUCUCACAGUGAAGAGACCACGCUGCCAGACAAAAACAAGGCUGGAGGAAUCACCAUGUUCGGGCUGGAGCUGAACGACGAACACGAUGCAGCAACGUAUCAUGCCAUGACCCAAGUGAGUCAGUACUCUGAGGCUCAACCAGCGCUCAAAGAACAGAAAGAAGUGCCAGUUGACCCCCGUGGGGAAAUGAGUGUAAAUGUUGACGCUGGAGUAGGUGUGAUGAGCGAGACUCUGCCUCCUCUACAAGCUUUUUCUACAAUCAUUCAAGAAUCUAGCUUGAACAAAUGUAGUGAGAACCUCUCAGAUAUUGAUGCCUUUGCCAUGGUGAAUACAUGUUUCCUACAGGAUACACUACACAACCUGGGGGUCUCUGAUGCUCCUGGCAUGACACCGAGCUCUCUGACCUCCGAAACACUGGAUGAUAUCGAGAUCGAACACUGUGUAGUUGAGAUCGAAACGUUGGAAGAAGUGGCUUGCGACCUCAGUGCCUUAGACAGUAACGAGCAGCCGCCCCAGGACUUGCAGGAAUUGAUGGGACUGAAAGAAACCAGCAAAGCUGUGGUAUGCAAGGAGAGUACAUCAACUCCUUCUCUGCCCCAAGACAGCGCAAAAGACUCCACGCAAGGUUCUCUCGCACAGGCCAGUGCAGAAACUCCUAAGAAGCAAGCAAUGAACCCUCAGGCCAGAACCAAGGCUCGUCUGGCAGCAAUGGCUAAGGAGAGAGCAGCUGCUGCCAGGAGGCCACCUCCCAAGCAGCUCAAUCUCCUGGCUCUGUGUGAGGAAAUCGCAGACGACAUAGCAUCUGACACAACGGCAGCGAAAGAAGAGAAUGUGGAGACAGGAGACGGCGAGGAAUCCGGUGAGACGAUUCAGUGUACGAGUGAGGAAGAGAACGCCACGAUUCCUGUCGUUUCCAGUGACCUCUCCUUCCCAGAAACCCUCACCGAGGAGACGUCAGAACACGAGGCACAUGAGAGCACUCCUAAGAAACGCUUCUUCCUCAGCCAAGUGUCCAUCCCACUGAAAACCCAAGAGAAAAAGAAGCUGUCCCGAUUCCAGAAACUGAGACAGGUUGAGCUGCAGAGGGACAAACUGACAUGGACGCGUGUUAAAAAGCUGAAAUCAGAUCAGGCUAAUCAGGACGAAUCAAAGGACUCCGAACAGAUUUUACCUGUUUCGGUAUCAACCAGCCAAGUCAGUCCUCCUCCUCCUCUUCCUCCUCCUCUUCUUCCUCCUCCUACUCCUCCACCUCCUCCUCAUUCUCCUAUACCACUUGCUCCAGUGAGUGUAUUGAAAGUGAGAUCCAGCGAAUGCAGGAGAACGCUCCCUGCUAUGGCACCACCCAUGCCCAAUGGUGUUACCAGUUUAAAACCGAGGCCUGUUGUGGAGUAUAAACCAUAUAAUCCCAGACCCAAAUACUCACCAGAUGACUUUGAGCUGGAUGAGCCAAGUGAAGAGACGAGCAAGCCAGCUGUUCCCAAACAGGAGGGUCGAACGGAGCAACCCUCAGCUUUGGCUGUGGAGUCGUCUAGGACACUGGAAAAGCAAAUGAACAUCAAGACUCCUCCAGUAUCUACAGGUAUCAAGUCCUCUAACCAACAGGACGGUUGUCAAACGACUUCAACAGAAAAUUCAGAACCCACAAACAGGGGCAGCUGUGGGUCAGACGCAGAGCUGAGCAAUGAGGCGACCAAUAAUUUAAGGGCUACAAGACUCGAAGGAGAGCAAAAAACCACCGACAAAACCCAGACUGCAUUUGGAGCCACGACCUGUAACGUGUGUGGGAUGCUGUAUUCUCCUUCCACCACCGAGGACGAGACCCAGCACCUGCUCUUCCACAACCAGUUCAUCAGCGCUGUCAGAUACGUGGGUUGGAAGAAAGAGAGGAUUUUAGGGGAAUAUCCAGAUGGCAAGAUUAUACUUGUUCUCCCAGAUGAUCCUAAAUAUGCACUGAAGAAGGUGGAGGAGAUCAGAGAAAUGGUGGACAACGAUCUGGGAUUCCAGCAAGUGGAGACUGAGGUUCCUUCACAGACCAAAACCUUCCUCUUCAUUUCAAAUGACAAGAAGGUGACGGGGUGUCUGAUCGCUGAACACAUUCAGGAGGGUUACAGGGUGAUAGAAGAGCCAGUGCCAGACGGGUCGGAGAGGGAGAAGGUGAUGUUUGAGCGCCAGAGAGCCUGGUGUUGUUCUACUGUCCCAGAGCCAGCAGUGUGUGGGAUCAGUCGCAUUUGGGUUUUCAGCAUGAUGAGAAGGAGAGGCAUUGCCUCACGAAUGAUUGAGUGUCUCAGGAACAAUUUCAUCUACGGGUCGCACUUAAGCAAAGAUGAGAUCGCUUUCUCAGACCCGACACCCGACGGCAAGCUUUUCGCCACACAUUACUGUGGAACCUCACAGUUUCUGGUGUACAACUUCAUCAGUGGGACACGUUUAAAGUGACGACACUCAGAAAGGGACUUUCACAAAGUCUGUGUCUUUCCCAUAAUACCACAGUAUAAGAAGAGCGGUUUAAAGCGUUCCAUCCAAACACAAGACGGACCCAAAACAAAUAUGGAGCUACACCUGGGAAGAUUUCAGCAAAGAGACACAGGCUUAUUGUUCUUUUAAAAAAAAUGUCGAUCAUGUUGGACUGAAUUUUUUUUUUUUUAAUGCAUAUCCUAAUAUGAUUUCAUUUCAGAUCCCAUAUGGACAGGGAAAUCUAAUCCCAGACAUCCAAUCCAUGUUAUAAUAAGUAAAGUUUUCUACCCAGUGGAGAUUUAUGACCUGCCUUAUGCAAUUAUGAUGUCUGCUCCAUCAAGGCCACCUCAUAUGGAAAUGUGCAUUGGGUCCACAGUAGCAUAUAGCUAUUGUUAAGUUUGGUGAAAAGAGUGUGCAAUUCUCUCAGGUUUAGUUCAAAGCCUAUUUUAAAGACUUCCCAUAUCUUGUAGAAGCCAUUUUGUCUAGAGCACAGUUGUAAAAGCAGUGUUUGAUAAUCCUCUUUGAACCUAGGGCAAAAUAUUUCAGAUAUACUACUGCAAACGACGUCUCUCUCCUGAGGCUACCUUACAAUAACAGAACACUUCUUUUUCAUCUCAGGUAGUAUCAUCAAGCUAGACUUUUGGGACUAGAUCCAACCAAGCAUUGCUCUCCUGACCAUCACACCCAUGUGUGCUCAUUCCAAACCCAUUAAUUAUUCGUAUCAACACAUUGGUGGCUCCCCAUUGCUGCUGGCUUUGCACUAGAUUUUGGAACAUUGCUGUAGGGAUUUGUGCCUGAUGUCAAGUGAGAAGGCUUCCUGUGCCGCUGACUUCCCGACUCGUUCCAGUCUUCUUAAGUGGAACUGAGGUUAGAACUUAACUUAGGAAGCUUGAUCAGUUUUUGGCAGUCCAUGCCUUCAUGGUUAUCAUUUUUUGUGGCACUAACAUGCAGGAAGACGUCCAGGCUCUCGAUUGAGUCUAGUGGAAAGUCUUUCUGUAAGAGGAAAUGCCAGACAGCGGUGGACCAAAGCGGUUAAAGUUCUGGGUUGUUGAUCGGUUUCAAGCCCCAUCACUGUCAGGCUGCCACUGUUGGGCCUCUGAGUGAGGCCCUUAACCUUGUUUGGUCCAGUGGUGCUGUAUCACAUCUGACCCUGUUAUCUGACCCAAAGUUGUGAUAUGUGAAGAAAGAAUUUCACUGUGCUGUAAUGUAGAUGUGACAAAAUAAAGGCUUCUUCUUCUUCUUCUUCUUCUAAGAGUGGAGGCUGUAAUAAUAGCAAUGGGAGACUCUGUGUUAAUUCUAAAAUGUAAUGGGUUUGUAAUGAGUGCACACACACACACACACACACACACACACACAGGUGUGAUCAUCAGAGGAUACACUGUAAGUCUAAAUGCUUGUUUGAAUCUAAUCCCUUUAGUUCCAAUGAAGGGAAACUGUUAAUGCUACAGAAUACAAAGACUUCAAAAAUAAGUGUGUACGUUCACCUUUGCUGCAGCUUAUGGGUGUGAUGGUCAGGUGACAACGACCUUUUGGCCAAACUGUGCAAGUAAUAAGAACGGUUGCACUUGCAGUUGUCAGUGUUCAUGUUAUAUAAAGGAAAAGUGGAAAAUGACAAAUGUCUGAAAAUAAUAAAUGACUUGUUUUUGGCACCAGCAACAUAUUUACAC